CAAUGACGGAAGAGAUUUCCCUGUCGGAGCAGCACGCCCCUCAGGACCGCGCCGUCGAGGCAUUCAGCAUCCUCUCUCCUCAGAUCAAAGAGGUGCUCCUCAAGAGCCGCAAGGACUGGGACAAGCACGAGCCGCGCAUGUACGAGUCAGUCUCGUCCGUCUCUGACGCUGACCUCGCCUCCUUUGACGUCAAGAAGGGAGACCUCGUCGCCGUCCGUGCUGGGACAGUGUCGUAUGGCACCAUCAUUUUUGGCAAGAUCCGCCUCCCAAAGGCUGGUCCCGACGCCUACAUCCACGUUAGGAUCCAUGAUCCUCCUGAUGGCGAGCAGAGCGCAAAGGACGUCGUCUUCCACUCGCUCUACACCGAAGAGGGCGGAAAGACGCCCGACGACGAUCGCCCAAAGUGGUACCGUGCGAUCAUGUCUGAAAAGGACCCCAUUGCCUUCUUCCACGAGUAGGCACACUGCCUGGAACGUACUGCGAGCAACAGCAUGAGAUACCAAGUUCCCCCUCUGUUCAAGAGCAUUGCAUUGUUAGAAGUACAGAUGGAAUGCAUGAGUCCCCUUCUAUUAGUCGCCCGCGUCGUCAUCAAUGUCAUUUCCUUCGCCGCCUACGCCAUCCUCGAGCAUCUGGCUGGCAAGGAUGAAGCUUGCCGAUUGGUCCACUUGCUCUUCCCCUCCCUCGUCUUCUUCUUCUUCGCGCUCCUCGUCCUCGCCUCGCUCUGGUUGCAGCGCAUCUUGGAUCCUCCUGCCCUCUGGCUCAGGCGUCGGCGUCGGCGUGGCCUCGUACUCGCUGGGCGUGCCCC